AUGGAGAUAAUCUGCAAUCAGCGUCAGAGGUGGACCCAGUUCAACUCUCCUGCACAAACAACAGGAGCAGCAGCAAUACUACUUCAUAAGCAAGCAAGCAAGCAAGCAGCCGAGAAAGAAAAGUGGUUGAUAACAAUUGGAAAUCAAAGGGAUUAUACGGACCAAAUCAUCAAAGGGAUUAUACUGAUUAUGUUUACGGCCGGAAUAGACAUUUCAUCGGUGACUAUAGAAUGGGUCUUUCUCUUUGCUCAACCAUCCGAGCAUGAGAUGGUUCAGUUGGUCAAGCAAAAUCUUCGUGAAAUGCGUGCUAUUUGUUGGAACUUUUCCCGGCAGGGAAUGGCGCAUUGGCCCUAUUGUUUUGAAUUGCAUCAUUGUUCUCAUCAUAAUGAUCAUGUCGGGGGCCUGCAAGUUCUGAACAAUGGUCAAUGGAUACCCGUGAUACCUGAUGACGAAAAAUUAGUCGUGAACAUAGGUGAUAUUCUUCAGGUACUGAGCAAUAAUAGACUCAAGAGUGCAACUCAUCGGGUGUACAGAACAGAAGGUACAGAACGCGACUCGUUUGCAUUUUUCUACAGCCUGAAGCCGGACAAAUGGGUGGAACCACUGCCACAAUUCACUACAGAGGUUGGAGAGCCACCCAAAUACAGAGGGUUUCUCUAUGAUGAUUACAUGCAACUCCGACAAAGGGAUUACACCGACAAUCAACCUGACAAAUAUGAAGACAUUGCCCGCAUUACCUACUAUGCAAUCAACACCUAGGCCACAGCUAGCUGGUUGGUCCGGUCCAGUCCAGUCUUUGUAUUUCUGCGUAUCACCCAACUCAUAUCUCCUCUUUUCUCUUUUCUCGCAUCACCCAAUUUGUGCUUGUGAAAUAAAACAUGGGUGAUGAAAUAAAACAAUGGGUGAUCUAUCAGGCGUCGUCGUGGUCGUCGUCGAUUGAGUACUUUUAUUAACUAAUAAUAAUAAUGUUUUAUAGCAGAGGAGGGACAUGGAAUUGAGUACUAAUUGUUACACUUAGCAUUUAAUUGCAGACACCCUCUGUUCUAAGCUUGAGCAAAAGGUCAAAAUAGUCAGUCUCUAAACUAUUUAUCAGAAGCUAUAAUAGUCCCCAAAAAUGAAUUGAAUUGGGGCUAA